AGUGGCGUGCUCGUCGAAGCGACGUUACCUGUCCUAGGGUAGCCGUCGACCGCGAUGAACUGGGUGCGGGAGGUCAAGGACCAGGUGGUCCGCAACAUGAUGGACCGACACUUCAUGCUGAAUCAGCAGAUCGUCGUCAUGGGUCAGCACGAGAGGAAAGUCAACAGGCGGAUCGAAGAGAGAGAGCUGUGGGAGAUCGAGAGAGAGAAGAAGUUGAUCCUGGGAGGAAGGAUGGGUUUAGAGGAGGCGCCCUAUAUCGCUGAUCACCCAGUCUUCACGGUGUCCAAGAUGGCCAAUGUAAUCCUUGAGGAGAAGAAGCAAGCUGUAGAGGAGAAGCUGAAACCUAAGAUGAACAAGACUGUAGACUACGAUCAGAUGAGGUCAGAGACGGGAUUGGAGCGAGAGGAUGACCAGGACAGCAUGAUAGAGCUGGACGCGGAGGAGCUGGAGCGUGCUCGCAAGUUGUGGGAGAUCGAGCAGAAGAUAGAGGAGGGCCAAAUAUUCACACAAGAAGAAUAUGAGAAGAUCAAGUAUGAAGCUCCUCUUGUCAAGAAGCUCAGGUCUGUAGAGUCGCUCGCAGAAAUGUAUCAGCUUGCUGAAGAGAUCGUGGGUCCAGUUGUCCAUAACAAGAACAAGAAGAGGCAGGGCUAAAGCGUUGUAAUAGCUCUUUGAAUGGUAUUCUUUCGCUUAACGAAGUCGAAUGCUACAACACUACUGUGUUGAUGUAACUCAGAAAACGUUGUCUAAAAGUGGUUUAGAUUAAACUGAGUUACUCUUAACCACUUCAUAUACUGUA